AUGAGGAAUAUCAAAGCAUUACGACAAAUUGAGAGCUCUUCUCGCCUUUUUAGAGGAGCUCCUCUACAAAUUCGAAUCGGACGACCAUUGACCAAAUUUCCAUUACAUAGCAGUCAUGCAUUCACUUAUAGAAAUAUCGCACCUCUUACUGCGCUUCGCACAUACGCAAAUGGACGCCCACACCCUCCAGGCGGCACGCACCGCAUGGAUAUGGGUGGUGGAGAGCAAAAGUCUGCCUUGGAACAAUAUGGUGUUGAUUUGACUGCGCGUGCAAAGGAGGGAAAACUAGAUCCGGUCAUUGGUAGAGAUUCGGAAAUUAACAGAACUAUACAAGUACUAUCGCGGCGAACGAAAAACAACCCGGUAUUGAUCGGAAGUGCAGGAACAGGAAAGACAGCUAUAUUAGAGGGCUUAGCACAACGAAUAGUCAGAGGCGAUGUGCCAGAAAGUGUGAAAGACAAGAAAGUGAUAUCGCUGGAUCUUGGACAACUUAUUGCUGGGGCGAAGUUUCGUGGUGAUUUCGAGGAACGAUUGAAGUCGGUCUUGAAAGAGGUUCAAGAAGCCCAUGGCGGCGUAAUUCUAUUUGUGGACGAGUUGCACACGCUAUUAGGAUUAGGGAAGGCUGAAGGAAGUAUUGAUGCAAGUAAUCUGUUGAAACCUGCACUAUCUCGGGGUGAAUUGCAAUGCUGCGGAGCAACCACACUCAACGAGUAUCGUCUAAUCGAGAAGGACGUCGCUUUGGCAAGACGCUUUCAGCCUAUUCAAGUCAAUGAACCGACGAUACAGGAUACAAUCAGUGUUCUUAGAGGCAUCAAGGAAAAGUAUGAAGUGCAUCAUGGAGUUCGCAUUACAGAUGGGGCUUUGGUUGCUGCUGCUACCUACAGCAAUCGGUAUAUCACAGAUCGCUUCUUACCUGACAAAGCAAUUGACCUUAUGGAUGAAGCUGCAAGUGGUCUGAGGUUACAGCAAGAGAGUAAGCCGGACGAUAUUAUGCAGCUUGACCAAAAGAUCAUGACGCUACAGAUAGAGCUCGAGAGUCUUAGAAAGGAGACAGAUAUCGCCAGCAAAGAACGACGCGAAAAGCUCGAAAACGAUCUGAAAAAGUGUCAAGAGGAAGCGAAAUUGUUGACAGAGAAAUGGGAAGCAGAGAGGUCUGAAAUUGAUGCUAUCAAGAAGACAAAAGAGGACCUCGAGAAAGCUCGCGUCGAGCUCGAUCAGGCACAACGCGAAAACAAUUAUGGCCGUGCUGGAGAGCUAAGAUAUUCCGUAAUCCCAUCAUUAGAAGCAAAGUUGCCCAAAGAUGGAGAGACGGGCCCUUCAUCCGGAGGUACUUUGAUCCACGACGCUGUGACUGCUGACGACAUUGCGGCUGUUGUAUCACGUGUCACUGGCAUUCCUGUUACAAAGUUAACUUCGGGGCACGCCGAGAAGCUUAUUCAUAUGGAAGAUACUUUGAGACAGUCCGUCCGUGGUCAAGAUGAGGCUCUCAGAUCGGUUGCAAAUGCAGUCCGAAUGCAACGAGCAGGUUUGAAUGGCGAAAAUAGACCACUUGCAUCGUUUUUCUUUCUCGGUCCGACGGGUGUGGGAAAGACUGAGCUUUGCAAAAAGAUGGCAAACUUUUUGUUCUCGACUGAAUCAGCUGUUGUUCGUUUUGAUAUGAGUGAAUUUCAAGAGCGGCAUACGGUUUCGAAGCUGAUCGGUAGUCCCGCCGGAUAUGUUGGAUAUGAUGAUGCUGGACAACUCACUGAAGCUGUCAGAAGAAAACCUUAUGCAGUCCUUCUUUUCGAUGAAUUUGAAAAAGCCCAUCGAGAUAUCUCUGCUCUCCUUCUGCAGGUAUUGGACGAAGGGUUUUUGACGGAUAGUCAAGGCCGCAAAGUUGAUUUCCGCAACACUUUAAUCGUCUUCACCUCCAAUUUGGGCGCAGAUAUCCUCGUUGGCCUCAACCCCUCGCAUCCAUAUAAAGAAGAGACAAAUGGCGAUAUUGCACCUUCUGUCCGCAACGCUGUAAUGGAUGUUGUGCAACAUAAUUAUGCUCCUGAAUUUCUCAACCGCAUUGACGAAUUUAUAAUAUUCAAACGUCUUUCUAAGGAGGCUCUCCGAGAUAUUGUCGAUAUCCGACUUUUAGAACUCCAGAAGAGGUUAGACGAUCGACGAAUCACACUUGAAGUAGAUCAAGAGGUGCGACAAUGGCUUGCUGAUAGAGGCUAUGACUCUAGGUUUGGCGCCCGGCCGCUUAAUCGACUCAUCUCCAAGGAGAUUGGUAAUGGACUGGCCGAUAAGAUCAUCAGGGGAGAAUUGAAGACUGGCGAAAAUGCGGUAGUGAAGAUUAAUGCUGAAAAGAAUGGUUUAGCUAUCGAGAGCACAGGAGCUGUGGUAGUGUAA